GGCGACCACGCAGAAUGGGUUCGUGCCGGAAACAGCGGCGCUGAAGGGAACUGUAGUCCCGACUCGGUCCAAAACCCUCCGACCCGCUCCGGCUGCUUCCUCCGUGAUUUGGAGACGAACCGAACACUCCUCUAACGGAAGUAAGUACGUGAUCUGACCUGGAGGCAGAACAACACUCACUGAACGCUAAUAUGAUGCUCGAUGCGGGAAUAUGCGUCAGAUCACUCGAACUAGACGAUCGGAACCAACAGAUGGAGCUGCCGCCUCGGCCCACGCUGUUUGACUUCCGGGGAGUCUCCAUGACCACAUACUUCACUGACAACUGGGACAACGUGCAGCGGUUCCAAGCCAGACCGGAUGACGUUCUCAUCGCUACCUAUCCUAAAGCAGGAAACACGUGGGUGUCCUACAUCCUGGACCUCCUGUAUUUCAGCCACACAGCUGAAGGCAGAGACUCCGUCCCCCUGUUUGAGAGGGUGCCGUUCCUGGAGCUGUAUGUGCCUGGGUUUCCUAUAGGAGUAGAUGAGCUGAACGAGCUGACCAGAAAACCACGUCUUAUCAAGACACACCUGCCGGUGCAGUUUCUUCCCAGGUCGUUCUGGGAGCAGAACUCUAAGAUCGUCUACGUGGCCCGAAACGCCAAGGACACGGCGGUGUCUUAUUUCCACUUCGAUCGCAUGAACCUGGCGCAGCCAGAACCUGGAGACUGGAGCAGCUUCCUGCACAGAUUCAUGCAGGGGAAAAUGGUCUUUGGCUCCUGGUAUGAACAUGUGAAAGGCUGGUGGCAGAAGAAACAAAGCGGCUCCAACAUCCUUUACUUGUUCUACGAGGACCUGAUUGAGGACACGGAGCGAGAGCUGGGCGCGCUGUGCUCCUUCCUGGGACUGGCCCCCACCGCGGCGCUGACGGAGGCGGUGAUGAAGGAAGCUCUGUUUGACAGCAUGAAGCGCAACGCGCUGGUCAACGGCAGCACGGCCACGUCGCUGGACCUCAACGUAUCUCCUUUCAUACGCAAAGGAAAAGUUGGCGACUGGAAAAAUCAUUUCACCGUUGAGCAGAACGAACAGUUUGAUGAAGACUAUGGGGAGAAAAUGACUAACACAGAUCUUCAGUUUCGCACUGUUCUGUAGUUGAUUCUGAUCCUUUGUGUCCUCACUCUGAAGACACAAAGAAGAAAUAAACACCAUGUUAAUGAGUA